AUGGUGAACCUGAGGAAGGCAGUGCACUCGUUCCUUGUGCACCUGAUUGGCCUAUUGGUUUGGCAAUGUGAUAUUUCUGUGAGCCCAGUAGCAGCCAUAGUAACUGACAUUUUCAAUACCUCCGAUGGUGGACGCUUCAAAUUCCCAGACGGGGUACAAAACUGGCCAGCACUUUCAAUCGCCAUAAUAAUAAUCUUGACAAUAGGUGGCAACAUUCUCGUUAUCAUGGCAGUAAGCUUGGAAAAGAAACUGCACAAUGCCACCAAUUAUUUCUUAAUGUCCCUAGCCAUUGCUGAUAUGCUAGUGGGACUACUUGUCAUGCCACUGUCUCUGCUUGCAAUCCUUUACGAUUAUGUCUGGCCAUUACCUAGAUAUUUGUGCCCCGUCUGGAUUUCUUUAGAUGUUUUAUUUUCUACAGCGUCCAUCAUGCACCUCUGCGCUAUUUCGCUGGAUCGGUAUGUAGCAAUACGUAAUCCUAUUGAGCAUAGCCGUUUCAAUUCACGGACUAAGGCCAUCAUGAAGAUUGCUAUUGUUUGGGCAAUUUCUUUAGGUGUAUCAGUUCCUAUCCCAGUGAUUGGACUGAGGGAUGAAGACAAGGUGUUCAUCAACAACACCACCUGCGUGCUGAAUGACCCAAAUUUCGUUCUUAUUGGGUCCUUCGUAGCUUUUUUCAUACCGCUGACGAUCAUGGUGAUUACAUACUGUCUAACGAUCCACGUCCUUCGCCGACAAGCUCUGAUGUUACUGCACGGCCACACGGAGGAACCGCCCGGAAUAAGCCUGGAUUUCCUGAAGUGCUGCAAGAGGAAUACUGAUGAAGAGAACUCUGCAAACCCUAACCAAGAUUUGAACCCACGCCGAAGGAAGAAGAAGGAAAGACGGCCAAGGGGCACCAUGCAAGCUAUCAACAAUGAACGGAAAGCCUCGAAAGUCCUUGGCAUUGUUUUCUUUGUGUUUCUGAUCAUGUGGUGCCCGUUUUUUAUUACUAAUAUCCUGUCGGUUCUUUGUGGGAAGGCUUGUAAUCAAAAGCUAAUGGAAAAACUUCUGAAUGUGUUUGUUUGGAUUGGCUAUGUUUGUUCAGGAAUUAAUCCUCUGGUGUACACUCUUUUCAACAAAGUUUACCGAAGGGCUUUCUCCAACUAUUUGAGCUGCAACUAUAAGGCAGAUAAAAAGCCUCCGAUCAGACAAAUCCCGAGAGUUGCUGCCACUGCUUUGUCUGGGAGGGAGCUUAAUGUUAACAUUUACCGGCACACCAAUGAACCAGUCAUUAAGAAAGCUGAUGACCAGGAGGCCGGUAUAGAGAUGCAAAUCGAGAAUUUGGAGCUACCAGUUAAUCCCUCCAAUGUGGUUAGUGAAAGGAUUAGUAGUGUGUAAGAAAGAGCGGUGCAGUCUUUUCCUACAGUAAAGCUACAAAUGUAGGAAAUUGUUCUAUAAUUCUUCUGUUGGUCAUAACCUAAUGUAAAUGUUGCUGUCGGAAAAAGUUGUUUUUAUACAUAGCUUUGCAAUCCUGUACUUUACAAUCAUGCUUACAAUAGUGAGAUUUAGGAUUCUGUAUUUACUGUUUAUAAUAGAUUGAGAAUAACUU